AAACACCGACUCCUCCCUCCCCCUUCUUUCACUUUCGAUAUGAUGCAGGGGGGAUGUUUUUGUUGUGGAGGCUCUCCUUCACUGCAGGGCUUUAAACGAAACCUUUCCACUUCAUCGCAAUCAAAUGACGAUACAGACGAGAGCACGUCUUCUGCCAAGAAACCAAGCGGAGCCUCCUUCCUGAAGAUGGUGAGAAAGAAUGACAACCGGACCGCAGUUUUGCGGUCACAGACGUCACACACGUGUGGUCUGUCCUGCCUCGGCCCUUUGACCUUCCACCCGGUGGCUGUCGGGGACAAGAUCCGCCUGAGCCGUGAAGGUCGAUUGGCUGAGAGGACGGCGGCCACGUUCAAGAACGGCCUGGUGUUCAGCAGCCGCCCGGUGAGGAUCCAGGAGAGGAUCUGCCUGAGGAUUGAAAAGGAUCUGUUGAACUGGGAAGGAGCCAUGCGGGUGGGCUUCACCAACGUGCCGCCCUCGGACAGGUCUCUGCCUCUGCCCCCCAUGGCCAUCCCCAACAUCACCAAUGUCCAAGGGAACUGGGCCGCUGCACUGCAUGAAUCCCACUGCCAAGUCGGUUCAGAGCUGGAGUUCUGGCUCACUCAUGGAGGCCACGUGAAAAUGAGAAGCACCAACUUCAAGCAGCAACAGCUACUGGGAGGAGUGGAUCUCAGCCGUCCACUUUGGGCCAUGAUAGACAUCUACGGACAGACGUGUGCCGUGUCCCUCCUGGGAUCAAAGAAAAAACAGGGGUGUAUCACCCGGCGGUCGUGUCCUGCACCCGGAUACCUCCACUCACCGGAUGCACACAGCCACAACAGUUUGACCCCUCUCUCACGUCUCCAUGGAAACGGUGAUGAAUGGAUCUCCCGUCUGGACAUGGAAGUCCCUGCAGCUGAAGGCAGCGUAACCAGAUGUGUGGUGUGCAUGGAAGAACAGUCUAAAAUCACAUUGCCAUGCGGCCACAAGUGUCUUUGUGGCGCGUGCGCAUUAAAAGUCAUCCAUCAGUUCGGCACCUGCCCGCUGUGCCGACACGAGAUCAGCGCUUCAUCGGUGUAGGUGCUACCAGCUCCUGGACAGCAGGCCAGAAACACCAACUACAAGCUACCGAGUGACUUUGAUGCAGAAAACCGACGGCCAGCAGUAUGUGACCUUUUGUUGAAGACAGUCAAUGACAUUGCAUACGAUUCUGCACAAAAUGUCAUGCUGUUUACACACACUGCACGGUUAUCUUUGCCUACACAGCAAAAUUUUCCAGUGUUGGGCAAAAGUGUUGAAGUGCAGAGUUGUAAUCACUCUGCAAAAGGUUGAUUUAACUGUUAUAGAGUCAAUUGUUCAAAAGAGCUGGAAUCAUUAGUGUCAAGAUCAGAUUAAUUUGCAACACUUAGUAGAGUUAAAUGAACUCUUUGAUCGGUUUGAAAUGUGACUGUACAGUGUCACACUUCCUGGUUUUGGGUUUAACUCGACGUACUGAGGCGCGUGGAUUGGAGAGGGGUGCGCUGGAAACCACUAGAUUAGCGGUUGGAUCCCUGGCUGCUCCACGUCCCGUGUCAAAGUGUCCCUGAGUAAGACACCUGACUCCCAUUUGCUCCCCGAGCUAAAAUGUAAAAACCAUGGGUUAAAGAUGUAAUGUAAUUUGCUUUGGAUAAAAGCGUCAGCUAAAAGACACGUAAUGUAUUUAACACUGAGCAGAUUUAUUUCUGACACUUAUUCCGAGGUAAAUUGUUAACACUUCGUUGAGUGCUAAUUCAACACUGACAAGGUGAGACAAUUUAAACACCAGCUUAGAGUAGAAAUUUAAUCUCACAGAGUGCAUUAAACUCUCUGAAAUUUGCUGUGUAAUUGAUGUUGUAAUUCUGGAUUCAAUCACUAAUUUUGUAAAAAGAAAAA